CAAAAAGUCCAAAAAUGAAAUACUUGUAUUGCUUGCAUUUUAGUUUGGCAUUCAUAUGCUUAGUGAGGGGUCAAGUAAAAAUUGAUCCUGUAUCUUUUAUUUACUACAGCAAACAUCUUCGACUAGAUCCUCCUGAAUCAGAUUUUCUUAAAGUUUUUAACCCACUAUUACCUACAGUAGUAUUAGUUCAUGGGUGGGCAGAAGAUUUUAAAACCGAUUCCAACAAGUUCAUCAGAGAGGCUAUUUUAUCAAAAUUUGAUGCUAAUAUCAUUACAGUAGAUUGGAGCAAAUUUGCUAAAGAAGAUUAUGUAACUGCGAGAGUUGCAGUACCAUUUGUAGGAAAGCAGGCUGCUGCAUUACUUGAUCACAUAUCUAAAGAGUUUGCGUAUUCUUUAGGACGAGUUACUAUGGUUGGUUACUCUUUGGGAGCUCAGGUUUGCGGUGCUAUUGGCAAAAACUUGCAUGGUAGAAUCGGAGUACUCACUGCUCUGGACCCUCCAAGCUUUCUUUUCGCCCCCUAUAAUCGUGAUGAUUCUAUACAUAAAACUGAUGCCCAAUAUGUUCAAGUCAUCCAUACAACUAACAAACUUUAUGGAAUGUCAGGAGCCGUUGGACACUCGGAUUUCUAUCCAAAUGGAGGUGAAAGACAGCCUGGUUGUGAUGAUGAUGAAGAUCAUGAAAAAUGCUCUCAUAGAAUGGCAUGGAAAUAUUUUGUGGAAUCUAUCAAUAAGAAUACAUUUCUUGCUACUCGAUGUGAUAGCUGGAAUGAUUUUAAAGAUGGAAGCUGCCAUGGUGAAAGAAGGUUAAUGGGCGGUUUACAAACUGUUGAAUUCGCUAAAGGAAAAUUUUAUUUGAGGACAAAUAGUGAUCCUCCUUACGGGAAACAUUAAGUAGAUAUAUGUAUUCUUUUCAGCAUAGAGCAUUAAAUUUGUUAAAAUUAAAUGUUUUGUUCGGG